AUGUGGCUUGAGGUUAAUAAUGAGGAGAUGUUGCAUCUAUCAUACAAAAGAAGCCCUGGUAGGCCAAAGAAACUAAGGAGGAAGGAACCUGAUGAGGACCCUAACAAAGGAAGGACACCAACAUCUUAUUGUUGUACCAACUAUGGUGUACAUGACCACAAUGCAAGGAGUUGUACAACUCUGGUGCCUGACCCUGAAGCUCUGAAAAGAAAGAAAAAGCCAAAGAAAAAUGCUACACAAACAACACAACCUGAAUCUUCUACUGAACAACAGAACUUUGAAGCUUCUACUGAACAACAACAACCUCAUCAUGAACUUCCCACUAAAGAAAAGCUAGAAACACAAUGUGAUGUAGACCCAGAGUUUGAAAUUCUUGCAGCAGAUCUUUGUGCAGCUUUUGAAUGA